AUGGGAGACGCUGCGAACUCUCUUGCAGAUAGUCUGCUCUUCACGCCUAUCCGAUUGGGGAACGUCACCCUCCCGCACAGGAUCGUGAUGGCCCCACUGACCCGCAAUCGGGGAUAUGACGACCACACACCAAGCGAAAUCGCUCUAACGAUGUAUACCCAGAGGGCGAGCUUUCCAGGAACAUUAGUCAUUACUGAGGGUACUUUUAUUGCCAAAGAGGCUGGGGGAUACAGACAUGUACCUGGCAUCUACAAUGAAAAGCAGAUUGCGGCUUGGAAGAAGAUCACCGAUUCGGUCCACUCUAAAGGAUCAUAUAUGUGCCUGCAGCUAUGGGCUCUGGGCCGUGCAGCCGAACCGGAUGUGGCCAAGGAAGAGGGCUUCGAGGUCUCCUCGCCGGGUGACAUUCCCCUCCAGGGCGCCAGCAAGCCAUAUAUGCUCACGAUUACGGAAGUGAAGGAAUGGGUCGAGAAAUACGCACAAGCGGCGAGGAAUGCCAUAGCAGCGGGAUUUGACUUUGUCGAAAUACACGGUGCAAACGGAUACUUCAUCGAUCAGUUUACGCAAGACGUUUCGAACAACCGGACGGACGAGUAUGGGGGAUCAAUAGAGAAUCGCUGCCGAUUUGCGCUAGAGGUUGCCAAGGCCGUGACAGACGUUGUAGGCCAGCAACGCACCGGUCUGCGCCUGAGCCCAUGGGGUGAAUUCCUCGGGAUGAGGAUGACCAAUCCCCCCGCUACGUUCUCCUACCUCGUCCGUCAGCUCAAAGAACGCUUCCCCGACUUUGCCUACCUGCACGCGACAGAGCCCCGUGUGCAAGGAAACGUCGACCGCGAGACACGAGUGGAGGAAAGCAACGAUUUCCUGCGGGAGAUUUGGCGGCCAAAAGUGUACCUCACGGCUGGAGGGUAUACGGAGAACGCCGGAGAUGUGCUCCCGAGGAUGGGAGACAUGCUCGUGUACGGGCGCUACUUUAUCUCCAACCCCGAUCUACCUUUCCGCCUGAAGAACGGGAUUCCUUUCACCAAGUAUAACCGGGCGACAUUCUACCUGCAUGGACCCGACCAGCCAGAGGGGUACACUACCUAUCUCACGGCUGAAGAACAGGCGCUCGUAUCUAAACAGUAGAGGCCGGAGGGAUAGACAUGUCUGGUUUGAAUUCAUAGAUGAGCC